AUGCGGGAUGAAAUCGCUAGCACCAAACGCUCCGCCUGGCAUUCGACCUGUUGGACGUCCUCUUCAACAAAUGAGCACGUCACGGAGCUGGAUGCAAAGUUCAGCAUGCUACCAGCGGACAAGGUGGAGGCCAUGCGUGCAGCAACGGAUUUCCAGAAUUAUCCAGAAUUUGCUAGGGCGUUUCCAAAGUGCGAAAAUGCUCGAAUGUGUGAUCCUGUAGGCACCAUCCUACCUCGCACUUCAAACAAAGCAAGUGAUAAAAGGAUACUAACGGCCAAAGGGAACGAUAGAGUUGCGGUGGGACCACGUACGUUCCAGCAUCCUUGCCAGGCGCUCAGGUUCCCACUUCAUAGCUCGUCCUUCCUAUGCUCGAAGCGUGGAACGACCAACACCGCCGGGCAGCUGGGUCUUGGUGACAACCGCACCCGGGGACUGCGGCCCACUGACAUGGGUGCCGCACUGCCCUUCGUGGACCUGGGCCUGGGGCUGAAUGCCACCCACAACCGGCACGGUCAGCUGGGCUUGGGUGACCGUAUCCCUCGGGGCAUGGUGGCCGGCCAGAUGGGCGCACGGCUGCGGCCCGUGGACUUCGGGCCUGUGGUCCGGAUUCCGGUAGCUAUCACCGCAGGCGCCGGACACACGUGUGUGGUCUUGCAGCCCGGAGGCGGCGUCCGCUGCUGGGGGUCGGCAGGCGGAUUUGGACCCGGACUCCGGGAGCAGAAGUCAGGCUAUGUAUGA